CAGGCAGCAGCAGCAGGGCUGGGCAGGGCGGCAGCAGCAGCAGACCGGCCGCUGCGGAGCGCCACAGAAAGAUCCAGCAAGGAGGGGGACACACCGCCCAGACGAGGAGGAGGGACAAGAGAGGCGAGGACGAGCGAGCGACACCGAGCCGGACCGUCUGUGACAUCGAAAGGGGGGGGAAAUACUGCGUUUUCAUGUGUUUGUAGACACAGCCCGUCGUCACCAUGACAGCGGAAGAAACCAUAAACGUGAAGGAGGUGGAGAUCAUCAAGGCGAUCCUGGACUUUCUCCACUCCAGGAAGCUGCACAUCAGCAUGCUGGCGCUGGAGAAGGAGAGCGGCGUCAUCAAUGGGCUCUACUCAGACGACAUGCUCUUCCUCAGGCAACUGGUGCUCGAUGGCCAGUGGGACGAAGUGUUGCAGUUCAUUCAGCCUUUGGAGUGCAUGGAUAAGUUUGACAGAAAAAGGUUUCGUUACAUCAUCCUCAAGCAGAAGUUUCUGGAGGCUCUGUGUGUGAAUAACGCCAUGUCUGCAGAAGAUGAGCCGCAGCAUAUGGAGUUCACCAUGCAGGAAGCAGUCAAGUGUCUCCAUGCCCUGGAGGAGUUCUGUCCUUCUAAAGACGACUACAGCAAACUGUGUCUGCUGCUCACGCUGCCUCGCCUCACGAACCAUGCAGAGUUCAAGGAUUGGAACCCGAGCACGGCCAGGGUGCAGUGUUUUGAGGAGGCCUGCACGAUGGUAGCGGAGUUCAUCCCUGCAGACAGGAAGCUGAGUGAGGCUGGUUUCAAGGCCAGCAGGGAUCGACUUUUCCAGCUUCUCCUCAAAGGAGUCCUCUAUGAGUGCUGUGUCGAGUUCUGCCAGAGCAAGGCGACAGGUGAGGAGAUCACAGAGAGCGAGGUGCUCCUGGGUGUCGACAUGCUGUGCGGUAACGGCUGUGACGACCUGGAUCUGUCGCUGCUCUCCUGGAUGCAGAACCUCUCCCAGUCCGUCUUCUCCUGCGCCUUCGAGCAGAAGCAGCUCAACAUCCACGUGGACCGCUUGGUCAAGCCUGCAAAGACCGGCUACGCCGACCUCCUCACCCCGCUCAUCAGCAAACUGUCUCCGUACCCCUCCUCUCCACUGCGUCGCCCGCAGUCCGCUGACACAUACAUGUCACGCUCGUUGAACCCGGCGCUGGACGGGUUGUCUUUCGGGCUGUCAGGCCAGGAUAAGAGAGCCAGUGGCGGGGACGUGGUGCCGGGUAAAGGUGUCUCUCCCAUGUCCCACUCGUUCGCCAACUUCCACUACCCCGGAGCAGGAGGGCAGAGCCUGAGCAGGAGUCUCAUGAUGGAGAGCUCCGACUGCCACAGCAUCUUUGAGGAAUCACCUGAAACGUCAAGGACAGACACACCUGUGGAUAAGAUGAUGAGUUCAGGCAGUUCUCAGAACCUGCGUCCUGCCUCAGCUCCGGGCGAGGACGCACCAUCAGCAGGCACCCCUGACAGGAAUGAGCUCCGCGACUCCACAGAGAAGUACGAGGAGUUCUACCGGCAGCGUCUCCGUGUGCAGCAGCACCUGGAGCAGAAGCAGCAGCAGAGGCAGAUGUACCAGCAGAUGUUGCUGGAGGGCGGCGUCCAGCAGGACCCCCCGCCCAGCGACAUGCAGCACAGCCUCACAGAGAAGUUCCUCAACAGGUCCAUCCAGAAGCUGGAGGAGCUCAAUGUGGGGAUGGAGAAUUUAGGGGAGGAGGUGGCGUCUCUCACCCAGCAGUGUAAUGGCAACGGGAACGCGCCUGCCGCUGAAGACAAUAACAACCCUCCAUCUGUGACCCCGGAGCAGAGCCGGAACCAAGGGGGAGGGGUGCUCAGCAGCACCCCACAACGCACCGUGGGGGGCCGCAUAGUUCCUCCACCAGAUGAGUCCCCUGUCGUCACCCCGAGCGGGCAGAAACCGAAAGGAAGUGAACAAAGUGACUCUCCGGGCUCCUUAACCCGAAGUAAAGAGGGAGACAAGCAGAAAAGCUUGUUUGUGCCGGUGAACACUCUGGAAGAUACCCAGGCUGUCCGAGCUGUUGCCUUUCACCCGUCUGGAGCGCUCUACGCCGUGGGCUCUAACUCCAAAACUCUACGAGUCUGCGCUUAUCCAGAAACAUUAGACCCAAGUGGCUCGAGUCCUAUCAAGCAGCCGGUAGUCCGCUUCAAGAGGAACAAACACCACAAAGGCUCCAUCUACUGUGUGGCCUGGAGCCACUGUGGGCAGCUGCUGGCUACAGGCUCCAAUGACAAAUACGUCAAAGUGCUGCCUUUCAGUGCAGAGACAUGCAACGCCACAGGCCCCGACCUGGAGUUCAGCAUGCACGACGGCACCAUCAGAGACCUGGCCUUCAUGGAGGGUCCAGAAAGUGGAGGAGCCAUCUUGAUCAGCGCCGGAGCCGGAGACUGUAACAUCUACACCACCGACUGCCAGAGAGGACAGGGUCUGCACGCCCUCAGCGGACACACAGGUCACAUUCUGUCUCUGUACACGUGGGGAGGCUGGAUGAUUGCCUCUGGCUCUCAAGACAAGACGGUGCGUUUCUGGGACCUCAGGGUGCCCAGCUGUGUCCGAGUAGUGGGAACUGCUUUCCACGGCUCAGGUAGUCCCGUUGCCUCGGUAGCAGUUGAUCCUAGUGGCCGUCUCCUAGCAACAGGGCAGGAAGACAGCGGGUGUAUGCUGUAUGACAUCAGAGGAGGACGAAUCGUCCAGGUGUACCGGCCGCACAGCAGUGACGUGCGGUCUGUCAGGUUCUCCCCCGGAGCGCACUACCUGCUCACCGGCUCCUACGACACGAAGGUCAUGGUCAGCAACCUACAAGGUGACCUGACCAAACCGUUGCCUCAGACCGUGGUGGGAGAGCACGGCGACAAGGUGAUCCAGUGUCGGUGGCACACACAAGACCUGUCCUUCCUCUCAUCCUCUGCUGACCGCACUGUCACACUCUGGACACACAACCCAUAACACACACACACACACACACACACAUAUACAAAGCCAACCUGUCGCUAUAAUCUAAAAGACACACAUUCCCCUUAAACAACACUCCUCCUGCACUAUCCACACUGUCACGUCCUUUCCAUACACUUGACCCUUACAAGCCUGAAAACACACACACACACACAGACACACACACACAAACACACGCUUACAUUUACACACAUACAGGUGAAUGAGCCUUUCACUCCUGUCUGUAGGAAACCAAAUGGAUACAAACCUGUGAACAUCAAAAGCACACAUGUUGCAUGUUCUCCUUUUUUUACGCUGCAUUCAUCACAUCGACUGUUGACGUGUUUGGGGCUUAAAAAAAAAAAAAGCAGGAUCAUUCAUUAUUUUCACCCUUUCAUCACUUCACCCCUUCAUGCCAUCUCAUCCUACAUCCUCACGCCUCAACACAAACCAGUCAGUUGCUGCAUGUCCUUUUCACCGAGGAGUCGUUGAGGUUUGACAGGACAGAGUUAUUUUGUUCAUGAUGGUGCCUUCCUUGAGUUUCCAUAGCAAAAAUGUUAAAACAAACAAACAAAAAAAUGAUAACGUGGUCAUUUUUCAAGAUCAAAUUUUGUUAAGUCAUUUCGAGAAAAAAAAAACCUUACAUUCCUCCUUCUUUUUUUGCAUAUCAUUUUCUUACAGCUGAUUAAUAUGCUGCUAUUGUUUAGGGGAAAACAGGAGUUUGACUUUCUGGUGUAAAAUGUGAUUUCUCAGUGUGUCAGUAGUGAGCUUUUCCCCAUCCGGAGGCUGAAUCUGUGGAAGUCAUUCUAUCUGUUCAUCUAGUCAGCUGUUGCUUCCCCCGUGGGAUGUGUAAUGUUACUGUAUCGGCUGCAUUAAUACGACUCAAAAUGUGUAAAGAAAAAAAAAAUUUGCUUGUGCAUUUGUUUUAAAUUUGAAAAUCAGUGUUUUUUGCGCUGAAGCUGUUACAGUGUCUUGCGAUGGCUUGCUUGCAGUGGAAGAUUAUGUCGGCAUCAAAGGGAAAUACAAAGUGAAAAUUUGUGGCGUUCAUUCCGUGUGGGAUCUUUCAGUGUUGAAAAGCUUUGGUUCGUCUGCUGCUGUGAUGAUAUAACAACAGUAGGUGGCGGUCUGUGCUCGUGACGAGGGUCUAACCAUAUGCACAAUGCAGUCUGAAUGGACGGACGGGUGUUUUGAUAUUUAUUUAGAACCAGUAUUUGGGGCAUAUGCAUUGUAUUAUUUUCUUGUAUUCUACAUGCGCACUUUGUCUUUUAACAUUGUCCUCUGAUUUACUUACAAAUGCAUAUUUAAGUUUUUUUAUGUUAAUGUAUAGUAUAUAUUGUUUUAACAAAUAAGGCCAAACUAAUACGUACAUAGAUGUAUUUAUUUCGGUUGUGUUAAUGUACGUACAGUUAUUAGUAUGUUUUGGAGAUGCUAGUGGCUCUUGUAUCAAGCCUUUCUAAUUCUUGUUUUUAAAAAGUGACUUAAAUUAAUUCAAGCUAACUCGAGUCUGACUGCUGGUACGUUCAAUAAAGUGUCUUUUACACAAGCUGUGAUCAUCUGUUGCUUUUUUGUUGAAAAAAAAACAGUUUGAAAAGUCAAAACAAGAUUGCUACAUGAGUGAGGAUUUAUUGAUCUGACCUCCCUGAAAUAUUAUGUACAAAAGAGUUUAAGGGCUGUACACGGGUUAAAUUCAUUCUUUUAUCAGUUUAAAAUACAAUUUUUUCAAACUAGAU